CAUCGUCAUAUGUUUUGUGUCUCGCACAAAUACGUUCUGUCAAAUAUAUGGUAUUUCACCAAUUAAUUACUAUUUAAUAUUAUUAUCAUAAUAUUAACAAAUAUUUUAAAAAUAAAUUACUAUUUAUACUUUAUGUCUUCAAUAGAUAAUCAUAAUGGCGAGAAAGACUAACAGUGCAACCGCUAGAUUAAAACAAGAUUAUUUGAGAUUAAAAAAAGAUCCAGUACCUUAUGUUGUUGCAGAACCAGUUCCUUCAAAUAUUCUCGAAUGGCACUAUGUCGUAAAAGGACCAGAAAAUACACCAUAUGAAGGUGGUUAUUAUCAUGGUAAAUUAGUAUUUCCUGGUGAAUUUCCAUUUCAACCACCAAGUAUAUAUAUGACAACACCAAACGGUAGAUUUAAAGUCAAUACACGAUUGUGCUUAUCGAUAUCUGACUUUCAUCCUGAUACGUGGAAUCCUGCUUGGAGUGUAUCAACUAUUCUUACGGGUCUUUUAAGUUUUAUGAUUGAAAAAAGUCCUACUCUUGGUAGUAUAAAUACAUCCGACUGGGAAAAAAAACAAUGGGCAUAUCAAAGUUUAGAGUUUAAUCUAAAAGACAAAACGUUUUGUGAAUUAUUUCCGGACACAGUUACGGAGAUAAACAGCGAAUUGGAAAGCCGAAAGGAACGAGAAAUGCAAACAAGACAUCAAUCUACAACAUCUGAAGUAUCCUCAUUAAUUCGUAAUCAAUUAAAUAGAGAACAAAGUCCUAUUCAUAGUGCAUUAACAAAUUUAGCAGUUAUUGUAGGAUUUGCUGCAUUUGCUUAUACUGUCAAAUAUGUACUAAGAAGUAUUGCGAUGGAAUGAGUGAUAUUAAAAAAAGUAAAUAAAAUUAUUAAGGUAAUAAAUUAUCUUAGAGAAAAAAAAAGUUUUUAAAAAAAAACAUAAUUUGGUGAUUAAAAUAUCAUAAAUCAUAAUUAAAUAAAUAACCUUAAGUCGAUUGAUUGGUGCAAGAUAACUCAUUUAAAAAUUACAAAAAUAUUCAAGAAGGGUUACUUAAAGUUGCUGCAGUUAUAAAUUUAAUGAAAUUGAUAUUUACGCGUUGUGAAGUAGAUAACGAUGCAUUAAUUUACUAACAUUCAUAAAGUUUUAAUUUUAUUGUGAAUAUAUAUAUAUA